AUGGCCCCUCAGGAUCUGACCCAAAGAGAUAAUAAUGCCAUGCAUAGAGGCCUGCCUGCUUCAUGGGAUCAUGCUCUGCCUCUCCAGCUGCAUCUUGAAUAUGUGUCUGUCCCCCUAUUAUCCCACUCCCUAACGCAUCAACUAUCGGCUUCACCUCUAGAAGGGCUUGCAUCAGCCAGCAGACUACACUCACAAAUGAUGUCAUCAAUGCUAGGAAUUCAACCGUCGAAUCGUAUAUUUCUGCGAACUCCUCUUCCUCUGGCGUUGGCACUGAAUGCAUUGCAGAUGCAGAGCCUCCAGGUGAGCCUAGGCUUGCUUGACUCAGGCCCGCCUCUAGUUCGGUGUCGCUAUCAGUCUCACAACCAUUGUCUUCGGGGCAAUAUGUCGACUGGGAUAAUCGAGAAGGAGAGGGCAGGGCAGUCCCAGAUCCAGCUUCCAUUUCAGUUCCCAUUCUUGCUCCAGCCCCCAAGCUUGCAUCAAGUGCAGAGAAAGGUUGUUGUGGAUUUCCAUGAACAGGCUUUAAAAGAUCUCGCAGGUGUACAAGAGAGCGGAGCAUGGUCGGACGAAACGUUGUGGGCUGCUCUUGCGAGGGAGUAUUGUCGCGUGAGGCAAAGACGCUGUGUGACCUCAACAUUCCAUUAA